ACAAAUCACGGGCAGACUAUAUUCCUCCCAUUCGCCUCUAAAUUUUCCUCGGCCUAUACGCCCACCGUCCGCGGCAGCAUCAAUGGCAAGGCUUUCACCUUUCCAGUGGACACGGGGAGUACAGGCCUUAUCAUCGGCGCACCGCUCCUGCCCAACGUUAAACUUGACGCCAAGAACGAGGCCAAGUAUCAGCGGGGGUGGGAAUUCUUGGAUAGCAGUUCGCUCCUCUACACAGGCCGCUUUGUGCCUUUGAACGUCACAUUCUAUGGCAAGACAUCAGCACGGCGAGCGGUGACGCAAGUACCGGUACUUGUUGUCCAGUCAGUAGUCAAAUGCCCCGGAUACAACCCUACCACUGGCAAGGGUGUAUGUCCUAAAGGAAAGAGUGUCAAAUCGACUGCAAAUUUGAGCCACAUCACAUACAUGGGCGUUGGCUUCGGGCGCAAUGUUGCCGGCAGCGGUAUUGACUUCGGUACACCAGACCACAACCCCUUCCUUAACGUCAUCGAUAUCAACGGCCACAGCACCGCAAGACUACGUACGGGAUACACGCUGUCCACCAAGGGCGUGUAUCUAGGCUUAACAGAGAAAAAUACUAUCAAUGCAGAUUGGGUCAAGCUAGAGAGGGGCGCGACGGAGAACCCGCGCGACUGGGCAGGAGUACGAAUGUCUUUCAAGGUCAACGGCGCAGGGGACUUCAAAGGAACAGCACUCGUCGACACCGGAGUCCCGCAAAUGUACCUGCAGUCCGCGCCCAUAGGCACUCUCCCUAACGUCACCAUUCCGAACCCGGCGCCAUCGCCUGCCCCCAAGUACACCAGACGCGUCACCAAGGGCACGCAUCUCGCAUUCGCUUUCCCGAACUUUGAACGCGGUGUUGCAGGCUAUGAUUUCGCAGUGGGAGAUGCGGCAUUCCCUAGCCAGCCGAAAUACGUGCAGCCAGUCUCUAUUGGGUCCGGCCCGUUCGUGAACACAGGGCGGAACUUUUUGUUUGGGUUUACGAUUUUGUUUGAUGCUGUGGAUGGGAGGUUCGGGUUC